AUGGCUUCUCAGGCAGCGAUGCUGCUGGACCCAAAGGGCUACAAAAAGCGCCUCCAAACCAAUGGUACAGCCAAGAGCCAAUCCACUCAACCCAAUCUCCCCUCCAUUGCCCCUCCGGGAACCGUCCCCGUGAUGCGCACUUUCGAUACAGAAUCCCGCAAGUCCUCUUCACGAACAACAUCAGCCGGCUCGAGUCCGGCACCUCGACAGACUAUCGACCCGAGAUCGGUUCCAGAUUCCGACGUGGUUGUCCAGUUCACUUCCUUGCAGGAUGAUCCCAGCGACAGCGAUACAAAGCGCAGUCACUACGAGAUCAGUGAUAGCGAAGAUGAACCGCGACACCGAAAUAUGAUCGAGAGUAUCUACGGCGUGGAACAGCGCACCCAGCAACCAAUGAAAAAGAUGAAAACAGAAGACCUACCGGUCAAAGGUCAUACCAAGCCCAUCGCCAUAUCUGGAGAGAGUGGUAUGGGCCAGUGGAUGAAAGAAGGCGAGGCAGGCCCAGCGAAGAAACCAUCUGUCCAGGAUGUAGUGGACUUGACAGCAGAGGCUGCAGCUACGCCCAAGGAUGACGACGACCUGCAAGUUAUCGGAUCAAACGACUUGAGCAAACAAAGAGUUUGCUACGGCAAGAUCGAGAACGCCAGGAUAAAUGCAUUCCUGGUGCCCAAACCCACCCCGAACCGUUUCAUCGACGAAAGUUACCAGUGGCCCUCCAUGAAAAUGGAGCUUCAUCGUGAUCUCAACAGAAGAAAUCUACGGAUUGAAGUUUCCGACGCAUUUGGGAAGGUCUUUGGCCUAGUGGAUUCAAGUACUGCACAAGCUCUCUGUCCUCUCAUGGAUGUGAAACCGGAACACUUUACAGUGGAUAUUGCUGCUCGUUUGGACAUGCGUAAGAAGACGCCAGACGAAGCUGUCUGGGAGCCAACACAGAAGGCCUAUCGGGCCUCGUUCACUCUAUAUGGUGAACGCCAACGCGCCGAACUUGUUGGUAAUUUCCUCGGCCAAAAGAACAUUUGGCUGGGCCAACCCAUCGCCGUCGAACGGGGUGUUCCUGUUCAUAACCCACAUGCAGAAAAGCGACAGGCAAUGGCAUCGGCAGCAGCAAAUAACCCCGGGCGUGAGCGCUCGGGUACGGGCAUCAGAUAUGAGGUUCGAUCUGCGGAAGAAGUCAAUGAUGCCGUGAUGAAGAUGUUUGAUCAGCUCGUCACAGCGGAUAUUCCAAGCAUGGAGGCCCCGCCACAGAUCAAGACGCCCCUGCUGCACCAUCAAAAACAAGCCCUCUGGUACAUGGUUGACAAAGAAAACCGUCGCAGGUUUGGCCCGAAGGAGGCAGACAACAACUCCCUGUGGCGAAUUGACCAGCUGCCCAAUGGUAAAACGCAGUACCGGGACAUAAUCAGUGGCGUGGUCACUGAUCAGGAACCGCCGCAGUCUCUUGGCGGUCUACUUGCUGAUAUGAUGGGACUCGGGAAAACCUUGAGCAUCCUGUCUCUGACAUUAUAUACCCUGGGCCAAGCUAAGGCAUGGCAAAAGGAACGCCCUGAAGACAGUCUUGUGCGCAUCGUUCCAUUGAGUGCUGUCAACAAUUGGGUUUCCCAGAUCAAGGAGCAUCUUGAAUCAGAAGCAAUAAACUACUACGUCUUCCAUGGUGCCUCUCGCAUCACUGAUUUAGACGAGCUGUCCGAGUUCGAUCUCCUUAUAACUACUUACAGCACGGUCCUCAGCGAGAUAAAGGGGCAUCAGAAUGCAAAACGAGGCAGCCCUUUGACUAAGAUGAACAUGUUCCGAAUUGUCCUGGAUGAAGCGCACACCAUUCGAGAACAAAAUGCGCAGCAAACGCAUGCAAUCCUGGGCCUGAAUUCGCAGCGUCGCUGGUCAGUCACCGGAACACCUAUUCAGAAUCGACUGGAUGACCUCUUGUCGGUCACCAAAUUCUUGAAAUUGUUCCCCUAUGAUGAUCGCGGUCGUUUUGGACAUUAUAUUUUAAGUCCAUUUAAAUCUGGUGACCCUCGCGUUUUGGCCAGCCUUCGAGUCUUGGUCGAUUCUUUCACAAUCCGUCGAGUCAAGGACCGCAUCAAUCUCCCACCCCGAACCGACGAUAUCAUCAUGCUCGAGUUUUCUGAAAAGGAAACGCAACUGCACGAAUUUUUCCGCAGAGAGUCCAACGUCAUGAUGCGCGUGAUUGCGGGAGAAAGCAGGACGUCGAUGGGCGGGCGUGUCUACCAUCACGUUCUGAAAGCGAUGAUGAUCCUGCGGCAAGUCAGUGCACACGGAAAAGAGCUCCUCGAUGUCGAAGACAGGGAAAGAACCAGGGGCUUGAGUGUGCAAGAUGCCAUCGAUCUGGAGGAAGGGGGAUCAGACAAGAGCGCUGCUGCAGCAGACCGAAAGUCGUACGAUAUGUUUGCUCUCAUGCAACAAACCGGAGACACCGAAUGUCGCGUUUGCCGAAGAACUUUGAAGGUUCCCGAUGAACAGGAUUCUGAAAAUGGCUCCGUCGAUCAGAAUGCCCCGAUCGCAAUCGUGAUGCCUUGCUUCGACGUCUUUUGCCCGGAUUGCUUCGCAAAGUGGUACCGGGCGCAAGACCCUGCUUCCGAGACAAUCAAGUGUCAAAUCUGCGAUGGCUGGGUACCAAACAGCUUCUCGCGAAUCACACCUGCAGGACUUGAGAGCUUUUUGGCUAAGCAAGAAUCGGACCGCAACUCAAAGAAGCACAUCAAGCAGUUUGGCGAGUACGAGGGACCGCACACCAAGACUCUCGCCCUCAUUGAACAUCUGCAGUCAGCCAAGGUCGAAAGCGAAAGGUUGAAGGCGGAGAAUAACGAGCCUCCAAUCAAGAGCGUCAUCUUCUCAUCCUGGACCUCGCACUUGGACCUGAUCGAGAUCGCUUUGAUCGAUAAAGGCAUGAACACGUUUACCAGACUGGACGGCACAAUGACUCUACAGGCACGUGGAAAGGCACUUGAAGCAUUUGCCAAGGAUGACUCUAUCACCAUCCUCCUUGCUACAAUCGGCGCGGGUGGUGUCGGACUAAACCUAACGUCCGCAUCCCAGGUCUUCAUCAUGGAGCCUCAGUACAACCCCGCUUCUGUGGCACAGGCCGUAGACCGUGUCCAUCGACUUGGCCAGACUCGCUCCGUCAAGACUGUUCAGUUCAUCAUGAAGGGCAGUAUCGAGGAAAAGAUUCUCGAGUUAGCUAAGAAGAAGCAGCAGCUCGCAGAUAUGUCCUUGAAUCGCGGCAAGCUGGACAAGAGGGAAAUACAAGAAGAGCGCAUGAAGGAGUACCGCAGCCUCUUCAAGUAG